AUGCGUCUGUUUAUCCUGGGCCCCCCUGGCAGUGGCAAAACGUCCACCAGUACAGUGCUGAAGGAACACUAUGGUGUGUGCCAUGUCACUCCCAGCGACGCGCUGUCGAACGCGGUGGAGUACGGCGGGUCCGCGUUCGGUGAAAAGCUGCGUCUUCUCCUUGAAGAGGGGAGACCCAUUCCUGACUGGAUGCUUGCACAUGCCGUUGCGGAAGCAACGCGUGGACCGGACUGUAGCAAUGGGUUUAUUCUUGAUGACUUUCCCAAGACAGCUGAGCAGGCGCGGCUGUUAAGUGGCGAGGGAAUCAAGCCGGACGCCAUUGUGCUGCUUAGUUUUGCUGAUCGCCUAUUAAUAGAGCGUUUUUCAGGGCGCUGGGUGCACCCUGCCUCUGGUCGUAUGUACCACACACUGUACAGCCCCCCAAAUGUAAAAGGGCGUGAUGAUGUCACUGGACAACCGCUGGUGCAGCGUGCGGAGGACACCGAGGACGCUGUGCGACAGCGACUCGCAAAGUUUCACAGUGACUUGAACGCCCUUAAGCUUGUCUAUAGUGAUGAGCGGCUAUGGCAUACUGUGGACGGUUGCGCAACGGUGGAUACUGUGCAUAGUGCCAUAUGUCACGUGUUGAGUCCUCUGUUUGCCUCGAGGCAGCGUCGGUGGUGGUCGAGAUUUUUCUCCUGGCAAGGAUGA